CCCGCUGACAGCCGCCCUGACAGCCGCGCCGCCAUUUAACCCUCCCCUCGCCGCCGGCCGGGUCGGGCGCUGCCGCCGCCGCCGGAGGUGAGUGAGCGCCCGCCCGCCGCUGAGGGGCAGCUCCGGCGGCGUUUUCUCCGUGGGAAGGAUCACGCUUCAGCCCCGUCCCUACGCGCCCGUCCCGCCGGCGGCGCCGGUGCGGCGGCCGCUCCGCCCGCGCAGAGCCGCGGGCAGCGGCGUGGAGGUGUUCCCGGAAAAAAGUGCCUGCACUUCAGAGCUGAAGAAGGACAUGAGGAGUAAAAGGACCUGGGAUCUCACUGGUCAGAAUGAAACAGAUGUUGAAGGAUUUUUCAAAUCUGUUGUUAGUAGUGCUCUGUGACUACGUUCUCGGCGAAGUGGAGUAUCUCCUGUUGGAGCGCCCAGGUCAUGUAGCCUUCAGCAAUGACACAGUGUCUGUGGAAUAUCAGUACUAUAGUGGUGGUAAUGUGACAGCAGAGCAUCUGUCCAUCCUGUUGCUGGAUGCCAACACCAAUGAGAUCAUUGCAAGGAAACAGCUUCCAGCAAAUCAGUCCCAAGGGAUGGUAGAGUUUGAGUGUUUCCAUUUCAAGAGUGCUGGGGACUUCUUGUUCAGAAUGAUCUCUCCCAGCGAUAACAGCAGUGCUGCCCAGUGGAGCAGAAGAAGCAUGUCCACUCUCCAUGUGGAAUGGCCUGUAUUUCACAUUGAUUUGAACAAGAGUUCAGAGGUGCUUGGGAGCUCCCUUCAGGUUGGACUUUUUACAAAUGAGCAGUUGUGUGCCAUGAAUGAGACAGUGAUUUCACUGGAUGUGAUAUUCACCAGCACCCUUUUUGAAUUUGGAAGAGUAAGCUCUGAUGAGACUCUGGGCAUUAGAACUAGUAAAGGAAUCCCCCUGUCAAGGUCCCAGUGGGUAGAGUUUGAUUGUCCACCUAUUGGUCAAGAAACAUACAUCACUGUGUUACUGAAAUCGCUAGAAACACGUUCCAUCAUUGCCUCCAUAGGACCCAUAGAUCUCCUCCACAAAUUUGGGUACAGACUGGUUGUGGCACCAGAAGCAACAUGCAAAACUUUGGUUCAGGUCUUCGUAGUCUCUCCACCGUGCACUUCUAUCAGUGGAAAAAUUGCCGUCUAUAAAGAGGCUCUCAAGCAUCCUAGUCAAAGAACAACUUGGCUGUAUGAAAACACCCUUCACCCAGGAGACAACAGGACAGAAUUUAACUGCACUUUGUUUGAUGUGGGGAAGAACAAAUACUGCUUUGACCUCUUUAAUUUCUCAAACCGAAGCCAUUUCCCAACAAGAGUUAAGGAGUGUAUGAUGAUCCAAAGGAAUAUGGAAACGUGGAGCCCAUGGCAGCCGUGGAGCCCUUGCAGCGUCACCUGUGGGGAUGGCGUCCGGGAGCGCUUCCGAGAGUGCCUCACCUCCUCGCCGGCAAAACCAGGCUGCGCUGGAUCACCAAGGGAGACUUCCUUGUGUUCGCUGGAGGAGUGUUUGUCUAUCAAGCCUUCCACCCCACCUUCUGUCCAGCCAGGAGAGGACCAGAAAGCAAAUAACAUAGUUACCGUCACAGGUAUCUCCUUAUGCCUGUUCAUCAUCUUUGCCACCGUUCUCAUCACUCUCUGGAGGAAGCUCUGCAGAGCUCAGAAGUGCAGCACCGCCGUCCACCGAAACUCUGUCCAUUCCCCUGGCUUCCGUAAAAACUCCGACGAAGAGAACAUUUGCCAAGGCAACAAGCAGCGGGACAGCUUUGCCGAAGUAGGGGAUGCCCCUGUUAACAUUCCUCUGACCUACAGGCGAAGCCUCCAGUUUGCCCAAGAAGAUGAGGCCUCUGGAAGUGAGAACUUUCAGCCAAAUGCUCAAAAAAUAAUCCCUCCGAUUUUCAGCUACCGCCUCGCACAGCAGCAGCUGAAAGAGAUGAAGAAGAAAGGCCUGACUGAGACCACCAAGGUGUACCACGUCUCUCAGAAUCCCCUCACGGACACGGUUGUUGGUGCCACCACAAUGCUUCCCCUGAGUGGGGAAAACCAAGAGGAGGCAGCGGCCAACAAAUUUAGGAUCAAAUCUCCAUUUCUGGACCAGCCAGCCAGCCAGCCCAGAUUCCCAGGGGAAAGCUCUCACCCUAGGCUGGAUUUUCCAUUCUCACAGGCCAACCCUGCAAUGAGCCCUACCCAAACCUUGGUAAGAAGACCCCAUUUCAAGCACCAGGAUAACAGAGGAGACUUGCCCGAGAGGGGCUGUCACAGAAACCCACAUUUUAGAAGAACAGCCAGUUUCCAUGAAACUAAAAAGGCCAGGCCUUUCAGAGAGAGAAGCAUGUCCACCCUCACCCCCCGACAGACUCCUCUCUACAACUCCAAGACCAGAGCGUGGGACCAGGGUUUGGAGGACAGGACGCGGCCAAAAUCGAGAAACGCUAAUCCAACUUGUGAAAAGCUGGACCAGCCCCACAGCGCUGUGCCAGGGUGUGAACCACAGGGCCAUGGUGCCAAGGGCCACCACAGGACAGGUCCUCCAGUGAAGAAGCUGGACCCAAUCACUGACCGUCAGCCUGCUGGUCAGGAGAAGGCAGCUGAUAAACCUGAGCCCAACCGAAAUAAGAGGGGCCCUUCACCUAACCCCAGAGGUGCAUGGCGGAAGGAAACGGGCUCGGCUGGCAAAGAUAAUUCCCAAAGAGGUCUAAGUGUAAGCCCUGUGCAGUACCGAAAGGACAAGUGCCAGAGCUUCCCCUUGGACCCUGAGUUUGCCUUUUAUGAUAAUACUACUUUUGGCUUAACGGAGGCAGAGCAGCAGAUGAUCGACCUCCCUGGGUAUUUUGGCUCAAAUGAAGAGGAUGAAACAAGUACUUUAAGCAUUGAGAAGCUGGUGAUCUGAGUGACUCUUUGCAGCCCUGCAGGAGGGGCGUGCACGGGAGAGGAUCUGCAGGAUCUGUUGGCUUCUGGUGGAAGGAGCAGCAGGAAUCACGUUCUCCACACGGAGCAGGAGGGAAUAAUGGCCCAAGUCUGACUUGUGGGAACACAUUCCUUUCUGAUUACUGGAAAGUGCUUCCAUAUAAUUAAUUUUGGUAUGUAUGUGUGCAAAAUACACACAAAAUACCCUGGGAAAGCAUGUGUUAGUGAAGGCGUGAUGCAGGAGUAGUCAAUAGAUUUUAUUGCAUAAAGCAGUCACGUUUCAUGCAUCGUACAUAAUGAAUGCCGCUGAUCUAGUCUUUCUCACCUUGUGGACCAUGUACUAGUAGAUUAUGGUGUCCUAAAGCAUCCAUUGUCCACUGUCCUCAAUCAUCUGUCCUAAUUAGUCCAUCAUUUCCCAUUUAGAAAACACAAACCUCAAGUUGUGAGCAGUUUUCAUCGGUCUUUUGGUAGUUGUUACUGACCUGUGUUAAAUCAUCAUAAUUGCUCAAGUAAGUCAUAUGGUGGUGUUUCUUUUAGCUGGUUGCAUGAAAGUGCAAACAACUGAUGCUGAAUACUUGGAGUGAAUCUAAAAUUGAGGGGGCAUUUUUCAUCAUUCCAGACUUUGAUAUUUUCUUUGUGCCAAUAUUUAUACCAGGAAAACAGAGUAACUUACAAAUAUUUGCAUUUACAAAAUGAGUAGAAAAGGUCCUGCUACUGGGAGGGCAAAGAAAAUUGAUGAUCCAAUUUUAGCCCUCAGAAACGUUACUGGAGCACAAAGUACCUGUAAAAGGCAGUGAGAGAACUAUUGAAUCACCCAUCUUUUCUAUAAUCAUCUUUGCCUUUAUUAAACUUUUGUGUGUGUAUGUGUGUGUGUGUAAAUAAAUUGGCAAUAAUGCUACUACAGCAAGUUCAAAAUAAAUUAUGAACCAAACCAGCGAACAA